AUGGAGAGAGCAAUGGCCGGGAGGGAGAGGGUUGAAGGAGCGGUGAGGCAGUACAACCGUUCCAAGGUCCCUCGCCUGAGGUGGACGCCUGACCUCCACCGCCGCUUUGUCCACGCCAUACACAGGCUUGGAGGCCAACACAAGGCCACACCCAAGCGAGUCCUGCAGCUCAUGGGCGUGGGAGGUCUCACCAUAUCCCAUGUCAAGAGCCACCUACAGAUGUACAGGAACAUGACAACUGAUGAUCUUGACAUCAAAGGUUCUACUUCUCCAUCUAUCAUCUAUGAUGAGAGCUGCUAA